AUGACAACAAGCCAAAGAAAUGAAGACGAAUACUUGAGUCAAGUUUUAUUUGUCAACAACAAAACACUAACUAAGAAGAAAAGCAAGGAUCUAAAAGAAAUAGUUUAUCUGACCACAAACCCAGUAGCCUCAAGAGAAAUACACUGUAAGUGUCACUCAGCAAGCUCGGGAAACGUUGAAGGACAAAUUGCUGGUAACACAAACUAUGCAAAAAAGUUUGAUGGUUUAGGUGAGUCCCUUGAAAGUAAGUGUGAAAAAGAUCACAUACGAAGCAAAACCUGGGAAGCUGAUCAAAGAAAGAGACCCCACAGUCCUAUCGAGGGCCUUGCUCCAUGUCAGAAGGUCUCGCAUUUGGAGCAGCUUCUUGGAUAUACAAAUUCUGGGAAGACCUCAGACAGAAAGACAAGCUCUGUUAGGCACGGGGCAGCUCACACAGGACAGGAGGGCUCUCAGGAUAGUAAAUGCAUGCAAGUCACCGCCCACAAGAUCAGGUUCCAGUCUUUUCUAAGAGCCCUUCGAGAAAGGAAGGCACAAGAGGCCAGCAAAGAUAGAAAAUCCUCAUGCGUGAAGUCAAAACAUGAACAUCCAAGAACUCACCCAAGGGAAAAGCACUGUGGAUGUGAUACGCUUGAGAAAUCCUGUCGUGAGAAGUCAGAUCUUACCCGACAUGAAAGAGUGCAAUCAGGAAGAAAGACUGGCAAACGCAAUGGAAGUGACGGAGACUUAAGAAACUCACCCCACAGCCAAAAUGAGAAAAUGCACGUGGGAGAAAAUUCAUGUGAGAAAUGUGGGGAAACCUUUCACGGAAAGCCAUGCCUUACUCAGAACCGGAGAACCUGCACACCAGAAAAACCCAAGUGUGCCGACAGUCACACAACCUUAAAGAAGUCACGUCCAGCCCUAACUCAGAGAACUACCCCAAAAGAGAAAAACCGCAAAGGUAAUGAAUGCAAGACAUCCUCGACCUCCAUCCACAAGGGAUCCAAAUGCACUCAGCAUCAGAAACCACCCAUGGAGGAGGAGCCUGAUGAGGGGGAGGAAAGUAGGAGGUCACCCCUGGGUGAAAAUCAGAGUGCUUGCCAAGGUCCGAAAGCCCAUGAGUGUCGCAGAUGUAAGAAAGCAGGUCUCACCCAACACCAGAGCUCACACCGGGAGAGCGAACCCUACGCUUGCCACAAGUGUGACAAGUCUUUCCCAGUGAAGGCAAACCUCACUGAACACCAGAGGACUCACACCGGAGAGAAACCGUACGAGUGCAGCGAGUGUGGGAAGUCGUUCUGCCAAAAAUCCACCCUCAAGAUACACCAGAGAACCCACACGGGGGAGAAACCUUUCAAGUGUAACGAGUGUGGGAAAACCUUCUGCGUGAAAUCGAACCUGACACAGCACCAAAGGACUCACACUGGAGAGAAGCCGUACAAAUGCAGCGAGUGCUGGCGAUCCUUCUGUGUCAAGUCCAACCUCGUCGUGCAUCAGAGAACCCACACAGGAGAGAAACCCUACAAGUGUCCCGAGUGUGGGAAAACCUUCUACGAGAAAUCUGCCCUCACAAAGCAUGAGCGGAUUCAUACUGGGGAAAAACCCUACGAGUGCAGCGAAUGCAAAAAAAGCUUCAGCCAGAGGUCAGCCCUUACCAAGCAUCAGAGAAAAACACACAAGAAGAAAGCAUCUUCCAGUAGCCUUCAUGGGCAGACACCAGAAUCGAAGAGUGAAGCUCACUGA